AAAACUUUUCUCAUUUCACUCGGAGAAACCAAUCUCUACUUGCACCUAUUUAAACUCAUCAUGAGCCUAUGAAGUUUCACUUUAUAAUAUUCAAGAAGCAAAUUUGUAAAAAUGGAGGACGAACUUCCUGUAGGGUUUCGGUUCUAUCCGACAGAAGUAGAGCUUCUUACGUAUUACCUAAGAAUCCAGCUUGGUGGAGGAAAUGCCACCAUUCACAGUCUCAUACCGAUCCUCGAUGUGUUUAGCGUUGAGCCUACGCAGCUUCCAAAUCUUGCGGGAGAGAGAUGUCGAGGAGACGCAGAACAAUGGCUUUUCUUUGUGCCAAGACAAGAGCGGGAAGCUAGAGGAGGAAGACCGAGUAGGACCACUGGUUCAGGAUACUGGAAAGCAACUGGUUCACCAGGCCCAGUGUUCUCGCCGGAUAACCGAAUGAUCGGAGUUAAGAAGACGAUGGUUUUCUAUACCGGAAAAGCACCUACUGGGAGAAAGACAAAGUGGAAGAUGAAUGAAUAUAAAGCAGUUGAAACAGCCAGUGUAUCUACCAUCCCAAAGUUGAGGAACGAAUUCAGUAUCUGUCGAAUCUACAUAAAGUCAGGAAGCUCGAGAGCCUUUGACAGACGUCCCACAGAAGCUUAUGCGAUAGAGAGAAGCCUUCCUAGCAAUGGAGUUGAGACAUCAUCUCGUGCCACAAUAUCAACCUCACCAGAAACUUCACAUUCAGGAGGAAACCAAGUUGAUUUACCGGUGAAUGCUACUACUAUUACACAAAGCAUCUCAGAUAUGGUUGAUGGAUUAUCACAACCUUUUUGGGAAUGGGAACAAAUGAAUUGGUCUUAAACGUAUUAGUUUACUUCUUAUGUUCAGUUGUUACUAAAUAUAAAAGAGAAAGAUAAGAAAAAAGUAGAAUAAGUGAUCGGAUUUAUGGCCACUUUCUCCUUUUCAAUGGCCAACUAGUAUUGUAUCAGCAGUAAGAUGGUUUGUAGAAAUAACACACUUAGUACAUU